AUGUUAAGAAAGAAAAUGACAGACAAUGGUUGUAUUAAUAAGAACAAUAGUUUAUUUGGUAAACUAUUAAAUAAUAUAGUUUUUAGAACUUUAAUAUUUGAUCAAGUAAGAGCGAUUCAUCGUGAGUUGAAAUUGAAUACCGCCGGUUUCAACUGUGAUUUAUUGUGGGCAGUCAAACAUGGACAUGUUGGAAUAUUCAUGGAGAGAGUGAAGCGAGAUCAGAUUCAAUAUCAUCAACUCUUUGCACAACCCGCUAUUCUAUGGCAUUUUUGUAAACACGUACGAGCGUUAUCCGAUUUCAGAGAGAUCCACAACAAGUUUAGCAAGAGUUUUACACUCGAUGCAAUCGAUACGCUUUUCAUACGAUGUUCGCCAGCGAUAAUCGAUUACCUGUUCACACACUGCCCGAACCAAGAGUUUACGAAACGAGCGAUACGCAACGCUGUGUGGAACGGACAUCUGGCGGUCGUUCAGAGAAUCGCCGGCAAAUAUAAAUAUACAAAAGAAACUUGGGCAAGACUCAUGGCAGUUGCAGCCGAGAGGAACAACACAGAGAUGUUUCAAUACUUCGGAAAUCGUGCGAAGCGAGAUAGAUUCUGGUCGGCUAAAGCGGUCGAUUCAUUCGUGCUAUCUUCCUCACGCGAUCAAGAUUAUAAAGCAAUGUUAGAAAAGGCUUCGCUAAAUUCAAUCAUUUACUUUAUGAGUAUGUGUCCAUCGUCAGCUGCUGCACUCGUUCGUGAACACGCCAAAGAACUGACAGACUUGGAGAAAAUCACCUAUUUUUCAAAAAUAAUGUAA